AUGUCACACCAGGCGGUUGUCCGGGAGAAUUCAACGACAACGAAGCUCAGAGUUGUCUUUGAUGCUUCCUCGCAUGCCCCGGGGACCGCAUCUCUGAACGCGCAUCUCGAAAAGGGACCGAAGCUAAACACGGAACUACUGCCGCUGCUGCUGCGCUUACGGACGGUCAAGGUCGCUCUGGUGGCGGACAUUGCCAAAGCGUUCCUCCAGAUUGUAGUCAGGGAAGAAGAUCGUGACGCACUUCGUUUCCUGUGGUGUAACGAAACGCCGAAGGAAGAUGGUCAGUUGCCCAACGUGGAAGUCUGGAGAAUGACCAGAGUACCGUUCGGUACAACCUCCAGUCCUUUCCUUUUGUCGGCGACAAUACGGUACCAUCUAAAGAAUGUGGAAGAGCACCUACAGGAAACGGCAGCGCAUCUUGCAAAUUCCUUUUAUGUGGAUGACCUAUUGAUGUGGAUGACCUGGCGCUUCAAGCGAGGAUGA